AUGUACAGGUUUUUACUAAAACCAGCUAACCGGCCUGUUUGCUUCGUUAGAUGUCAAUCGAACGUUCCCCAAUUCAACAAAAAAGGAAACCUCGUAUUGAGCGCACUCAAGUAUGUGAAAGAGGUUGAUCAAUUCCAAGAGAAGAUCGACAAGGAAACACCAGAACAGCAACUUGCAAGAAAACUCAUAGAUAACAUCAAAUCUCGCAAAGAGCUUCUUCUGCUUCUAUCUUUGUUUCAUGAAGAAUUGGCCCAAAUCGGUAUAACUCCACAUACUUCCCAUCAGGAGCAGAAGCCAUCAGUUGGGCUAAAGUGGAAGUAUAGAAUAGCGUAUAUGAUGAAGUUGGCACGUAUACAUAACACAUUCUGGGACCUGUGCCAGCAGGAGGGAAUCUCCCAAAGAAACCAUAGGUUGGGUUUUCUGCCGCAAACAAUAGGUGUCUUGGACCCGGUCCACUACAAGGAGCAUUACGAUGAACUACAGCAAGGGAAACUCGGAGACGUGGACUUCCGGGACGUUGAAGUCCUUGGGAAGCGGUUCAUAAUUAAGUAA